GAAGAUAAUUCUGCGUUGACUGAAAACCCAAUUUCGUUGGGUGCUUUGUCCAUUACAGAGAGCACAAUGGGGGAGGCUCCAUCUCUCAUUUCUCUCUGCGUCGACACUCUCUCACACCACCUUCUCCAUGCAGAGGACGAUGAGCUUCUUCUCUUCGCUAUAUACGACCUUCCUUUCCACUUACUCAACACCUUAAUCACGCGUUUGCCCCCUCUUGCAUUGCGCAAAUUCCACCAUCACAUACCGUUUCUGGAUAGGGAUGAGGAAGGGUUUUCAUUCGAUGACUCAACAAAUAAGAGAAAACGUUCGAGGGAUUGGAAUCUAAAUUCAGCUUGGGAGAGGUUGUUUAAGUUACGGUGGCCUGAUCGUGUUAAGCAGGUUCAGCCAACCGAUUGGCAGCAAUUGUAUUGGGAAAAUCAUUUGCAAGAUUGUCUAGAUGAAGCAGCGGAGGUAGCUCUAAUUCCAUCUUUUAAUGGAUAUAUUGGUGACAUACAGAUUUCAGACAGCAUACUGAAAUAUAUUGGCGGUGUGGGACAUACAAGUCAUUCAACUUGUGACCAUUCAAAAUUGUCUUACCAUUGCCUACAAGUUGGCAGCCAUGUGCGUUGCCUGAGGCUGCAAAAUGUUCUAUGUACUGCAGAAACAAGUGGUUUGUUGAGGGAAUGCAAACUGCAGAGUCUGGUACUAAGAUGUAUCAGAUCCAAGGAACAGAUUUACGGAUUAUGCAAACUGCUCGCUCAACAUUGUAGAACAUUAACUUCUCUGGAACUUGUUCACUGCACACUCUCCACUCAUUUUAUUGAUGCAAUAUUUGGUUCUUUACUCAUAGAGAGUGUGCAAAAACAUGCAAUCCAACAUUUGUCAAUCAUUGCCUCAAGCUUUCUGGAACCAUGCUCAGUUUCUUUGCCUAGCGGACUAGUGUCAUUUUUGUCUUCAGGAAGGUCCUUGUGCGCAUUGAAAUUAUCUGACAACCACCAUGGACGCACUUUUGCCAAAGCUCUUUUUGAGACUCUUCUCAAUCUUUCCUCUGGCAUAUCUGUCCUUGACCUUUCUGAGAAUAAAAUAGCAGGGUGGCUUUCUGACUUUAAUAGGAGAUUCUCGAGCUGUUCACAUCUGUCUUUAGGAAAUGGAAAGUCCUUGCAGCAGUUACGCGUUCUCAACCUGAGGGGAAACAAUUUACGGAAAGAUGAUGUAGAAAGUCUUAGAUAUGCUCUUGUGCAUAUGCCUAACUUGGAGGAGCUGGAUAUAAGUGACAAUUUAAUUGAAGAUGAUGGAAUCAGGAAUUUAAGUCUCUAUUUUGUUGGAUCAUGUGAAACAUGCCCUCGCAUAACUUGUUUGAAAUUAGAAAAUUGUGACCUGUCCUUUGCUGGAGUGAAUCAUCUCCUACAUGUCCUUUCUACCUUCAAAGGACCAUUGAAGUCUCUUUCUGUCGCUGACAAUUACCUUGGCAGUCAAGUAGCUGAAGCAUUGGGAAAAUUUUUGAGCACGGCUAUCGAAGUACUUGACAUUGCAGGCAUUGGAUUAGGUUCUUAUGGUUUUCAAGAGCUUCAAAAGCUAAUAAAAGAGGAGCUUAAGUUAGUGAAAAUUAAUAUAAGCGAAAAUCGUGGUGGGAUUGAAACUGCCAAAUUUUUGUCCAAGCUCUUGUCACAAGCUCCACAAUUAAUUGAUGUGAAUGCAGCGAGUAAUCUUAUGCCAAUAGAAUCACUGGCCAUCAUCUGCUCUGCAUUAAAAGUUGCCAAAGGUAAUGUUCAGCAUUUGGACUUGACGGGACACAUGUGGGACUAUAAGCCAGAGCAUGUUUCCCUUCACACUGAAUUUGUACAUAAUGGAUCACCUAUAUUGGUUCUUCCAUCCCCAUCAGCCUCUGCCGCACCUUACGACGAUGAUCCUUAGAAUACAAAUUUUGUAUGAUUGCAAUUUAUGUUGCACAGCAUAUGCAAUUAAUAAUUGUUUCUUUCUUUAUUUGUCAUUAUGUUAGCCCAGUCACGCUCAAUGCUUGCAAACAUUUUAUUGGUUUUUUCAUGCCUUGAUCGUUCACUGUACAACAAUGUCGGAAAUUUAACACCUGUACAUAUUGAUCAAUUUCUCUUUUCUGUGUUUUCAAACAAUCUGAUUUUUAACCUCUAUUUAUGGGGUUGUUUUGCUUCCUAGUCUGUAUUUUGUAAUUUUAAAUUUUUAACGUAGCUUGUAGUUCAUUAAAUGCUGUGCAACGGGACCUGUGCAAUCUGUUGUAUCAAGAAACACUUGGUUUCGGAUUACUUUUAUAUGAACAGUUAACAUAGUGGUUGGAACA